UGUCGCUGUCACACACACAGGCAGAAGAAGAGCUGCAGCAUCUGGAACACCACUUAGGCUCUAUGGGCUGUCCUCUCUGAGUGAGUCUCAGGAGCGCAAAUUCUCACACAGAGAGUGAGGGAGGGAGUUGUCUGGUCAAACCUGUUGGAGCCAAAGACUGAUAUCUCCCACCCUGAACCCUUUAUUCUAAGAGCACCAACUCUUCCCAGAGAGAGAGAGAGAGAGAGAGAGCAGGAGCACCAACUCUUCCCAGAGAGAGAGAGAGAGCAGGAGCACCAACUCUUCCCAGAGAGAGAGAGAGAGAGCAGGAGCACCAACUCUUCCCAGAGAGAGAGCAGGAGCACCAACUCUUCCCAGAGAGAGAGAGAGAGAGCUGGAGCACCAUCUCUUCCCAGAGAGAGAGAGAGAGAGAGAGAGAGCAGGAGCACCAUCUCUUCCCAGAGAGAGAGAGAGAGAGCAGGAGCACCAUCUCUUCCCAGAGAGAGAGAGAGAGAGCAGGAGCACCAACUCUUCCCAGAGAGAGAGAGAGCAGGAGCACCAACUCUUCCCAGAGAGAGAGAGAGAGAGAGAGAGAGAGAGCAGGAGCACCAACUCCUCCCAGAGAGCGAGAGAGAGAGAGAGCAGGAGCACCAACUCUUCCCAGAGAGAGAGAGCGAGAGGAGGGUCAGAAGAAGACAUGAGCUUGCGCAGUGAGAGAUCGCUCUUCCAGCUGACAAAGCCCUUUCUUGGUUAAGCCUCAGUGAGCUGAGCAACACGAUCCAGACGAUCUGCUCUGCUGCUCUACACUGCUUCUCCAUUUUCCCACUACCCCUGGUGUAGAGUCUGAAGAAAAAAACACAGAAGAACGAAGAAAGAAACUGAGGGGAAAAAGAGACAGGCGCUUACACAGAGAAUAAAAUAACUUGACAUUGCAGAGAACCAAAGGUGAGGAGUGCAGCCAGAAGAAAUCAGAAGUGGAGAGAAAAGGGGUGAUAAAAGUGGAAAAGAGACGGUUGAAGAGAGGUUCGAGUCCGAGAGUCAAGCUGCAUUCAGUCACCAAAGCCAGUGGAAUGGACCUCGGUGUCGGUCGGAUUAACCCAUGCCUGCCCACUGUGCACUCCGAGGAGGAAGGCUGAACCAACCCACCUCCACCACCAAAAACAAAUGAGAAUGAACGGAGAUGUUCUUUAGCUGAGCUAACAACACGUUCCCUUUUUUCUUCAGCAGUGCGACUGCCUGGGGUUAGCAUAAGCCGCUAGCUGCCUGGCAGUGGAGGAGGAGGAGGAGAACCAGGGUGCCCCAAGCGCCACUGGUGUUGCUGCCCAGGAGAGGCAGGGCAGCACGGGGGAGAGGAAGAAGGGGACGGAGAGAGGGAGGAGGUGGUGGAGGCAGAGGUGGCGGGCGGGCAGCGGUGCAUGGCCGUGCAGCGGCUGGUGGCGGUGGCGGUGAUGGUGGCCCUGCUGUCCCUGGUACUCAACAAUGUGGCAGCUUUCACCCCCAGCUGGGUGCUGCAGGCCCUGGAGGAUGGGCGCAAGCGCAACGUGGGGCUGUGGAGGAUGUGCCCCGUCAUGACUGGAGGAGAGAGGGGCCGGGAUGAACCUCGGGGGGGCGGGAGGAGAGGUCAGGGGACUCAGAUGCCGUGUGAGGGUCUGGGCUGGGGCUCGGAGUACGCAGGCUACCAGGAGUCCCGCAGCACCGUCAAAUGUAAUUUUGACAUGAUGCGAGCGUGUAACCUGAUGGCCACGGUGGCGCUGACGGCCGGUCAGCUGAUCUUCCUGCUGGGCCUGAUGGAGCUGCCCUUUGUCACCCAGGACUCCCAGUGGUGGGAGGAGGCCAUCGCCGCACUCUUCCAGUUGGCCAGUUUUGUGCUGGUAAUCGGCUUGGUGACAUUCUACCGGAUCGGCCCAUACACGCAGCUGUCCUACUCAUGCUACGUGGACAUCGCCGCCUGCCUAUUGGCCACUCUGGCCGCUGCCAUGCUCAUCUGGAACAUCCUACAUCGCCGCGACGACUGCCUCACGCCCCGUGUCAUUGUUAUCAGCCGCUCGCUGGCGUCGAACUUCCACCCACGCCUCGACAACGACUAUGUGGAGUCGCCCUGCUGAGCACCCCUGAGCCCAGACCCCCAUUUGUCAAUAAGGACUACCUAACAUGCUGAAGAACAGACAAUGUUCUGACUGUCUCCUCAUAUUCUUAUCCGACCAGGUGCCUCAAUGAAUGACUCUAUAGAAGACACUUGUUUUGACGUGACUCUACCGGUGCUGGACUAACAUGCUUUCACUGUCGUACAGUUCUACAUCUUCUCACGUGAUGGCUAUCAUGUACAAUGACUCAUGGACUCAAAUGCUGCCCUGGACUGAGUAAUGCUCCUUGCUGCAAGGAUAGUUUCGCCAUAAAACAUCCAUCUAAAAUUAUGAAUGAAAAGUCAGUGUUAAAAACCAUAAGCUGUAGUGAAUGUAUCAUUUUAGUAGACAUGCUGUAAGCCAAUUACUCAAAAGGUGUGCUUGAAGGUUUGUUUGCCCUGGAAUUUGUAGAGAGAGAAUUUGUAUUUCCUCAGCAACACCCCCUGAAAACACCCUGGAAGAGAUCAAGCUGGAUCUUGACAUGUUUUGUUCUAUGUGUACUUAUGUAAUAACAUAUAUUUCCUGCAUAUUGUUUAUAUUAUUCUUAAUAUUAAAAGUGAUUUAGGUUACAACUCUCUAGUUAGCAUCGACUUGAAAAUGAGUUAACCCCAUCCAAUCCAUUCAAAGUAUACUUAAAAACUGUCGAUUAGGUACCAUAUUUCUACCUUUAUCUUGAGAACACAGUGUUGUCAAGUGAAGUGUACACACAUUAAUUCAUUCUAUCCAAACCACCAAAGGGUGUUUAAUGGCAAUUUGACAACACAUUUUGCUCAGAUCCUCAGACCUCUGUAUGAAUGUCCUGUCAUUGAUGAUUUCAGAUUGGCCCAACAGACACAGUAAAUACCAUAAACAUUUGAGCUCAUUUGGUAAGGACGGUUUCCUUUUGAUAAUCUGCUCACUUGUGGUACAUGUACUUAAAUUAAUUAUAUACAGUUGUAUUAUAAUAAUGAUCUUAUAUCAUAUUGCUGCAAAGAAAUCAGCCGUUUGUGGAGUAGUCACUUUCAAACCAAAUAGUGAGUAUGUAUGAAAAUAAUAAUAAAUAAAUAAAAUGCAA